UAAAAAUUCCUGGCAUUCCGUAGACCAUUGAAGCAGUUUCAGGUGCAGCCAUGUUGAACGAGGGAUUCCAUUGGCUCUGGAGAAGCCUGCUCCAGAUCCUGAUGCGUUAUCAGCUCUUCCGAUGGCUACUCGGUCUUAUAGCGAUUGUUGAUAGCGAACCGUUACAAAUCGAAAAUGAAGAGGAAGCACCAAGAAAGAAGAAGCAACAGAAUCUGGAGAAUGAGAAUGCCAAUGCCAUUUCCACCGGAAAAUCAGAAUCAGUCGCGAUUAGAACCGUUCCAAGUGCAAAUGCGAAUGCAAUGGGCAAUGCAGGCAGUGCCGAGAUCGUAUCAAAUCAAAUCAUCCGCCGCCGUGAGAUGAGCACAAUGGGCAAGGAGACGGAGUCGCACAGCAUACCCAUUAGCGAGGGUCAGAAUGCGGAGCAUGUGCUGUACCGGCUAAAGAGGGGCUCCAAGCUGAGUGUCCACCCCGAUGCCUCGCUGCUUGGCAGGAAGAUCGUCCUGUACACCAACUAUCCCGCCGAGGGUCAGAAGUUCGUGCGAACGGAGUAUCGUAUUCUGGGAUGGCAGCUAAGCAAUGGCAAGCAGGUUACGUCAGUAAUGCAUCCGGAAGCUCAUGUGGUGGACACGGACAUCAGAAGUCUGGUUGAUUUGAACAUGUCCGGCACCUAUCACUUCUACUUCCGGUAUCUGGAAAGACCAGACACUGGCAGCUCGGGAGCAGAUGGUGCUCUCUAUGUCCAAGUGGAGCCUACACUGCAUGUGGGUCCUCCGGGUGCCCAGAAGACAAUUCCCCUGGACUCGGUGCGCUGUCAAACGGUGCUGACCAAGCUCCUGGGGCCGCUGGACACCUGGGAGGGGAAGCUGCGCGUGGCCAAGGAAGCCGGAUACAAUGUGAUCCACUUUACACCCAUUCAGGAGUUGGGCGGUUCCCGCUCCUGCUACUCGCUCCGCGACCAACUCAAGGUCAACUCCCAUUUUGCGCCCCAGAAAGGUGGCAAGGUCAGCUUCGAGGAGGUGGAGAAGGUCAUCAAGAAGUGCCGCCAGGAGUGGGGGGUGGCUUCCAUCUGCGACAUUGUCCUCAAUCACACCGCCAACGAGUCCGAGUGGCUGCUGCAGCAUCCGGAUGCUACCUACUCGUGCGCCACCUGUCCCUACCUCCGUCCCGCUUUCUUGCUGGACGCCGCAUUCGCCCAGUGCGGAGCGGACAUUGCCGCGGGUAGCCUGGAGCAUGUCGGAGUGCCCCAGGUCAUCGAGCAGGAGUGCCAUUUGGAAGCGUUAAAGUACCAGUUGCAUACCUCCUACAUGUCCAAGGUCAAUAUACACGAGCUUUAUCAGUGCGAUGUGAUGAAGUACGUCAACGAGUUCAUGACCCAGGUGCGAACUCGCGAGCCGCCAAAGAACGUGGCCAACGAGUAUCGCUUCCACGAAAUCCAACUGAUACAAGACCCGCAAUAUCGACGCUUGGCCACCACCAUAAAUUUCGAGCUGGCGCUGGAGAUCUUUAAUGCUUUCCAUGGCGACUGCUUCGAUGAGGAGUCCCGGUUCCGCAAGUGUGCUGAAACCCUUCGCCGGCAUCUGGAUUCCCUCAACGAUCGAGUGCGGGCCGAGAUCCAAGGUUACGUCAACUGUGCCAUAGACAAUGCUUUAUCCGGAGUGCGCUACGAAAGAGUCCAGGGUGAUGGGCCAAAAGUGAAGGAGAUCUCCGAGAAGCACUCGGUCUUUAUGGUCUACUUCACACAUACAGGCACCGAGGGCAAAUCACUAACUGAGGUCGAGGCGGAUAUGUACUCAAAGGCUGGAGAGUUCUUCAUGGCCCACAAUGGCUGGGUAAUGGGAUCGGACGAUCCGUUGCGAGACUUCGCUGAGGAGCAGCCGGGACGUGCAAAUGUCUACAUCAAACGCGAGCUAAUCUCCUGGGGCGAUAGUGUGAAGUUGCGCUUCGGCAAGCGACCGGAAGAUAGCCCUUACCUGUGGAAGCACAUGACCGAGUACGUGCAGACCACUGCGCGCAUCUUCGACGGAGUGCGAUUGGACAACUGCCACUCUACGCCGUUGCACGUGGCCGAAUACCUGUUGGAUGCCGCACGCAAAAUCAACCCGGAACUGUAUGUGGUGGCAGAGUUGUUCACCAACUCUGAUGGCACCGACAACGUGUUUGUUAACCGUUUAGGCAUCACUUCCUUGAUUCGUGAGGCACUUUCCGCUUGGGAUUCCCAUGAGCAGGGUCGUCUAGUCUACCGGUAUGGAGGUGUCCCUGUCGGUGGCUUCUUUGCGAACUCCUCGCGUCACGAGGCCACCAGUGUGGCUCAUGCCCUCUUUCUGGACCUCACUCACGACAAUCCCUCUCCGGUGGAAAAGCGUUCCGUGUACGAUCUGUUGCCCUCGGCAGCUCUGGUUUCCAUGGCCUGCUGUGCCACCGGCAGCAACCGUGGGUACGACGAACUUGUUCCCCAUCAUAUCCAUGUUGUAGACGAGGAACGUAGCUACCAGGAAUGGGGCAAGGGCGUUGAUUCCAAAUCUGGAAUUAUGGGAGCCAAGAGAGCGUUGAACCUGCUGCACGGACAGCUCGCGGAGGAGGGCUUCAGCCAGGUAUACGUAGACCAAAUGGAUCCCAACGUGGUGGCAGUUACCCGGCAUUCGCCAAGCACUCAUCAGUCAGUUAUUUUGGUGGCCCACACGGCAUUCGGUUAUCCCUCUCCAAAUGCCGGAGCCACCGGAAUCCGUCCCCUCCGAUUCGAGGGCGUGCUGGACGAGAUUAUCUUGGAGGCCAGUUUAACCAUGAAGAGCGACAAGCCCUUCGAUCGUCCCGCUCCUUUUAAGAAGGAUCCCAAUGUGAUUAACGGCUUCACCCAGUUCCAGUUGAGUCUGCAGGAGCACAUACCUCUGGCGAAGUCUACGGUGUUUCAGACCCAGGCUUAUGUGGAUGGCAACAACACGGAGCUUAACUUUGUCAAUUUGAGACCCGGCACAGUGGUGGCUAUCAGGGUGUCCAUGCAUCCGGGUCCACGUGCCAGCUUCGAUAAGCUCCAGAAGACUUCGAAUGCACUGCGCGUGGGAGCCGGCGAUGAGUGGGCUCAGCUGGAGGCGAUCGUCUCCAAGUUGGAUCUGGUGGCCUUGAGUGGUGCCCUAUUCAGCUGCGAUGAGGAGGAGCGCGACCUGGGCAAGGGUGGCUCUGCGUACGAUAUACCCAACUUUGGAAGGAUAGUUUACUGUGGCCUGCAAGGAUUCGUUUCCUUGCUGACGGAGAUUUCACCUAAAAAUGAUUUGGGCCAUCCGUUUUGUAACAAUCUGCGCGAUGGCAACUGGAUGAUGGACUACAUUGCCGAUCGCCUAACCAGCUAUGAAGAUCUGAAGCCGCUUUCGGCCUGGUUUAAAGCUACCUUUGAGCCCCUGAAGAAUAUUCCACGCUACCUCAUACCCUGCUACUUUGAUGCCAUUGUCAGUGGAGUUUUCAAUGUUCUUAUCAACCAGGUCAACGAAUUAAUGCCUGAUUUCAUUAAGAAUGGUCACAGUUUCACCCAGUCGCUGGCUUUGUCCACGUUGCAGUUCCUUUCCGUUUGCCGUUCGGCAAAUCUGCCAGGAUUUAGUCAUGCCAUCAAUCCACCCAAACCACCAAAGCAAUGUGUGACACUCUCCGCUGGUCUGCCGCAUUUCUCAACGGGUUACAUGCGCUGCUGGGGCCGAGACACCUUCAUCGCUCUUCGGGGCUCCAUGUUCCUCACUGGUCGAUACAACGAAGCCCGCUACAUCAUUAUUGGAUUUGGACAGACCCUUCGGCACGGUCUUAUCCCGAAUCUGUUGGACAGCGGCAGCAAGCCCAGGUUUAACUGCCGCGAUGCCGUCUGGUGGUGGAUGUACUGCAUCAGACAGUAUGUGGAGGAUGCCCCCAAGGGUGCCGACAUCCUGAGGGACAAGGUGUCGCGCAUCUUCCCGUACGACGAUGCGGAGGCCCAUGCUCCAGGAAAAUUCGACCAACUGCUGUUUGAUGUGAUGCAGGAGGCGCUGCAGGUGCAUUUCCAGGGAUUGCAUUAUAGAGAGCGCAACGCAGGCCAGGAGAUUGAUGCGCAUAUGCUGGACCAGGGCUUUAACAACCACAUUGGUGUGCAUCCGGAGACGGGCUUCGUUUUCGGUGGCAACAACUUCAACUGCGGUACCUGGAUGGACAAAAUGGGCUCCUCGCAAAAGGCGGGAAACAAGGGACGACCCAGCACGCCCCGCGAUGGAUCCGCCGUGGAGCUCGUUGGCUUGCAGUACGCCGUUCUUCGCUUCAUGCAAAGCCUGGCCGAGAAGGAAGUCAUUCCGUACACUGGUGUAGAGCGGAAGGGACCGUCCGGCGAGGUUACCAAGUGGAGCUACAAAGAGUGGGCCGAUCGCAUUAAGGACAACUUCGACAGGUUCUUCUUUGUGUCCGAGUCGGAAACCUGCUCGGUGGCCAACAAGAAGCUGAUCUACAAGGACAGCUAUGGAGCCACACAGAGCUGGACGGACUACCAGCUGCGCUGCAACUUUCCCAUUACCUUGACCGUGGCCCCGGAGUUGUGUAAUCCCCAGAAUGCCUGGCGUGCGCUGGAACGGGCCAAGAAGUUUCUUCUGGGUCCGUUGGGCAUGAAAACCCUGGAUCCCGAGGACUGGAACUACAGGGCCAACUAUGACAACUCAAAUGACUCCACCGAUUGUACUGUGGCCGAUGGCGCCAACUACCACCAGGGACCCGAGUGGGUGUGGCCCAUUGGAUUCUACCUGAGGGCGCGCCUGAUCUUCGCCAAGAAGUGUGGCCACCUGGACGAGACCAUUGCCGAAACGUGGGCCAUACUGCGCGCUCAUCUGCGUGAGCUGCAGACAUCCCACUGGCGCGGAUUGCCCGAGUUGACCAACGAUAACGGCUCCUACUGCGGAGACUCCUGUCGCACGCAGGCUUGGAGUGUGGCCGCCAUCUUAGAAGUGCUAUACGACCUGCACUCCUUGGGAGCUGAUGUGGCCUAAGCAGUCUCCACCUCACAUACUCAUACUCAGACCUGUUAGUUGCUACCAAAACUGUUAUUAGUGUUACAUUUGAUAAUCAGAUGCUCCUUGAAAUUUUGCUAUUUCCUAUUCUAUUAAAGUUGCAAAUGUUUUUAAA